UCAGACACACACACAACCCCGACACCAGACGAUCCUUGGAAAAAAAAUUUAGAUACAAAAAAGUGAUGGGUUAUCGUUUAUCAGUCGAUCCUAUGGAGAUUAUUCACGCCAAGUCGGGAGCGGAAUGCGCCAUGAAAUGUGCAGCAAAAAAUGGAUGUAGAUCUGUUAAUUUCAAAAAACCGAGAAGCUGUGAAGAGAUGGAAAAUUGCGAGUUACUCACAAAGGUUGAUUCAGAAACACCUCCCAGGCGUGUAACUGCAAAUAAAGAGUAUGAUUAUUAUAGAUUACUCGAUUGUAACGGGAAUGAAUUAGAUCCAACUACAUCAAGCUCUGCGACACAACAACAAUCAACAACUUUAUCAAAAAUGACAGAAGCAAAGAGCUCAAUACCUCAACCAACAAUGACGUCUUUUACAUGUUCUAAUGCUGACUGGUGGCAAAGUUUUGACAGUAAGGGCUUGUCAAAAUGUGGCGCAGAAAAUCUUUUUAUCGCGGGAUUUUAUCGAAGCCCCCCAUAUCUUUUCCAUGAUCCCAUAUUGUUGCUUGAGGAAGCAAAAUGCUGUAAAGCGAUUACUGCGUACAGCGGCCAGAGUAGCCAGUGUGAAACAGCUAACUGGUUGUCUUCUCUUGGCGAGAAUGACAAAUGGAGCAAGUGCCCAGUGGGGUACUUUCUGAACGGGUUACAUCGGGAAGGUGGCAAAAAAUUAUCUGACAUCAAUAAAGGUUAUUGCUGCAAACCUGCAAAUCAUCCUAACAAAUAUGGAUCGUGUUAUACAGGGUGUCCCAAAAAAAAAGCAACCACUUAAAUAUGCAGAACAUUAAUAGAGCUCUAGAGCGCAAUAGGCAAGCAC